AUGGGUGAAUCUACUACUUCCAAGUCUAUAAUAAGUGGCAGUAGUGAAUUUGCAUUUCCAAGAGGUGGUGCCACUGCAUUAACUCCAUUAGAAGUCAAGGAGAUCUCUAAUGAAGCUACUAAGGACGUGCUUUUUGAACAAUCAACAAAAAGAAGUUCAUCUUCUGCUGAACCACAACCUAAAAGACAAAAGAAGACUAAAAAGAAGUCAACCAAGAGCACUGAAGCAGAAGACGAAGAAAAGGUUGAAACCGUUGAGAUUUUCACUUUCAAGAACUUGAUUCCUGGUACUUUGGUGUUGGGCCAAAUACAAAAGAUUGGCAAGUUUGACAUCACUUUGGCCUUAGGUGACAAUUUGGUUGGGUAUGUUCCUAUAACUUCCAUAAGUCCUUUGAUUACCAAGACUAUUGAAGAAUUAGAAAAGGAAGACCAAUCUGAUGAGUCCGACGACGAACAGGAAGAAGAAGAAAAAUCCAAGGAAUUCCCAGAAUUGUCCGCCAUAUUCAAGGUUGGAUCCUGGUUAAAGGCUAAAGUUGCCACUCAGAAGGAUGAAAGAAAGAAGAGAAUUGAAUUCACAAUUGAACCUGAAGUAGUAAACGAAUUAAUCGAAGAUGAAGACUUUGUAUCAGGUAACUUAUUACAAUGUUCAGUUGUUUCCGUCGAAGAUCAUGGUAUAAUUGUUGAUACUGGUAAACCAAAAAUAUCAGGGUUCAUAUCAAACAAAGAAUUAACUAAUGGUAAGAUUGAAAUUGGUUCUGUAAAGCCAGGAUUGGUUAUCUUGGCUUCGAUUGUUUCUCAACCAAAGGGAAGAACUGUCACUUUAAGACCAGCUAAUGUCACUACCAAGAAACCAAUCAGUGUCACUACCAUCUCGUCAGUUGAUGCCAUUCAACCAGGUAUGAUUGUUGAUGCUUUGAUUGGAGAAGUCACCAAAAACGGGUUAAUUGUUAAAGUAUUUGGUUUGGUCGACGGGUCCAUAAGUUUAGCACACUUGAGAGAAUUUAGUCUCGACAAGUUGAAGCAUAACUAUUCAGUGGGAAGCAAAGUCAAAGCAAGAGUAUUGGCCGUUCUUUUGAAGAAUGGUGUCAAGAGACUCAUAUUAUCCUUGGCUCAUCAUGUCUUGAAGCUCGAACCAGAAGAAACCGAUGCCUUGGAAGCUUUCCCAGUUGGUCACAAGCUCGAUGAAGUAGAAAUUGUCGGUAAAGAUGACAACUACAUGUAUGUUAAAUUGUCUACUUUCUACGGACAAAUCCACAAUUCUAAGAUUGACAGCGAUAAGAAUUUAGAAAUUGAUUAUACUAUUGGUAGCAAGCACAAAUCAAGGGUUAUUGGAUAUAAUUCCGUUGAUGACUUGUUGAUCAUGACUUUUGAAUCAAGCUUGAUCAAUUCUGAAUACUUGAAUGCCAGUGAUAUACCAUUAGGUACAUACAUUCCAUCCUGUGAAAUCUUGAAGGUAUUGCCAGAAUCCGGUGGUAUCCAAGUUAAAUUCUUUGACAAAUUUGAAGGAUUUGUUCCAACGAACCAAAUGUCGGAUAUUAAACUUGUCUACCCCGAAAGAAAGUUCAGAGUUGGUACUAAAGUCAAGGGUAGGGUUAUUGGCCAACAAGGAAAGACUGUUUUAAUCACAUUAAGAAAAGCAUUGGUUAACCUUGAAAAUGAUGAAAUCUUAUCCAAGUUUGAAGAUGCCAAGAUUGGAUUCAAAACUAAUGCCAUUGUGGAAAAGUUUGUUCAUAACGGUGCUAUAGUUUCGUUCUUUGGUAAAUUAAAGGCAUUCUUGCCAAAGAAUGAAAUCUCAGAAACAUUCGUGGAAAGAGCCCAAGAUCACUUAAAACUUGGUCAAAUUGUCAGCACUAGAAUCUUGGACAUUAAUACAGAAACUGAAAGAUUAUUAGUUACCUUAAAACAAGCCACUGAUCUUUUUCAAGCUCAAAAGGCAACUAUCGCUGAAUUAGUCCCAGGAAAAUCCAUUGCCAACGCCUUUGUUGUUGAAAAAGCCAAGAACUCAAUCUUAAUUGAAUUAGAAAACGAAAAUUUAAGAGGAGUCAUAUAUGAUGGUCAAUUAACCGAUGGUAAUUAUGAACAAAAUAGAGCUGCUGUGAAACAGCUUGAAAUUGGUUCUAAAUUGGAAGUUUUGAUCUUGGACAAGGAUUUGAGAGCACGUACUGUUAUUGCAACUGGUAAGAGAUCAUUAAUUGAAGCUGUCAGAUCGAACCAAUUCCCAACUACAUUUGAAGAAGUCUCUGAAGGAAAGCUCGUUAAGGGUUAUAUUAAAUCAGUCACCAACUUUGGUUUAUUUGUUUCUUUUGCUGGCAAGUUGACUGGGUUAGUGUUGGCUAAAUAUGCUGGCGAUGUUUCUGAUUUGUCUAAGAAGUUCUAUAAGCAUCAAUCUGUUUCCUGUCGUGUUAUUCGUCUUGAUCAAGAAAAUAAAAGAUUCUUAUUAUCUUUGAACACUAACGGUGAAGUUGACUCCGAUGAAGUGAUUAACCCAGUUGAUACUUCUAAGAAGCUCCUUACUGAAUAUGUUCCAGGUAUUCUCACUAAGGCUAUUAUUAAGUCAGUUAAGGGUACCCAAUUGAAUGUUCAAUUAGCUGACAAUUUACAAGGUAGAGUAGACAUUACCCAAUGCUUCAACUCCUGGGAUGAAAUCAAAGACAAGCAUCAACCAUUAUCCCAAUUUCACAAGGGUGACAUUCUCGAUGUUAAGAUCAUCGGCUACCAUGACGCAAAAAACCACAAGUUCUUGCCAGUUACUCACCGUACUUAUGGAAAAUCCACCAUUUUGGAAUUAUCCAUCAAGGAUACCACCGAAACUCCAUUCACUGACUUGAAGCUUUCAGAUGUUAAGACAGGUACUGAAAUUUUUGGAUUUGUUAACAAUAUUCACAAUGGUCUUGUUUGGGUUUCUAUCACUCCCUCAGUCAAAGGUCAUGUUUCAUUCAUGCAUUUGACGGAUGAUGUCACUGUAUUUUCUGACAUUGAUAACAAGUUACCUAUUGGCUGUGCGCUUGAAUUGAAGGUUGAUGAAGUUGACAAUGAGCAUCAUGUCUUAGUUAUGUCCGGUAAAAACUCUCAAGGUGUCAAAACAUUCAAUGAUAUUACCGUUGGUAAAAAGUACCCAGUCAGAGUCAUCAAGGUUAAGGAUGCUUACGUUUUAGUUGAAAUUGGUCCUAACAUUAUCGCUUCUGCAUACAUUACCGAUGCUUUGAACAACUAUUCGGACAAAUUGGAAGAUGUUUUCCACCCUAGCGACUAUGUCAUUGCUUCUGUUGUUGACAUUGACACUGAUGCCAAAAAAGUAGCUGUUUCCUUGAGAAACGACGAUGCUGUUGACAAGACCAUCAACUCAAUUGCUGAUUUGUCUCGUGGUGACAUUGUCAAGGGUUUCGUCAAGAAUAUUGCUAAUAACGGUGUUUACGUUGCCUUGGGUAGAUCAGUUUAUGCAUUAGUUAGAAUCACUGAUUUGUCUGAUUCUUACUUGAAGGAUUGGAAGAAAUUCUUCAAACCAGGUCAAUUAGUCUUGGGUAAGGUUUCUGCAUGCAAGGAAGAAGGUAGAGUCUUGUUAACUUUGAAAGAAAGUGAAGUCAAUGGUGAAUUGAACUACUUGAAGAAGUUUGAAGAUUUGGAAGUUGGUGAUGUUUUCGAAGGUUCUGUUAAGCGUGUUACUGAUUUCGGGGUUUUUGUUAAGUUAGAUGGUACUGUUAACAUUAGUGGGUUGUGUCAUCAACUGGAAAUUGCUGAGAACAAGGUUGAAAAUAUUGCUGGAUUGUUUGGUGAAGGUGAUAGAGUCAAGGUUAAGAUUUUAAAGGUUAACCAAGAAAAGAAACAAUUGUCUUUGGGUAUGAAGGCUUCUUACUUUACUACUGCUUCUGAUGUCAAUGAAGAUGAUGAUGAAGAUAUUGAAAUGAAGGAAUCUGAAGAUGAUGAAGAAGAAUCCGAAGAAGAAGAAGAAGAAUCUGAAGAUGAAGUAAUGGAUAUUGCUGAAGGUGAAGAAAGUGACGAAGAAGCUUCCGACGAGGAAGAAGACAAGGAAGAACAAGACUCCACUUCUCUUGGCUUAUCAACUGGUUUCGAUUGGACUGCUUCCAUCUUGGACCAAGCUGAAGAUGAAUCAUCCGAUGAAGACGAAGAAGAUUUCACUCAAGAAAAGAAAAAGAAGAAGAGAUCUAAACAAACUGUAGAAGAUAAGACUGGUGAUUUGAACACUAGGGCUCCUCAAUCUGUUGGUGAUUUCGAACGUUUGUUAAUUGGUAAUCCUAACUCAUCAAUCAUGUGGAUGAACUAUAUGUCGUUCCAAUUACAAUUGAGUGAAGUUGAAAAGGCCAGAGAAAUUGGUGAACGUGCCUUAAACACCAUCAACUACCGUGAAGAACAAGAAAAGAUGAAUAUCUGGAUCGCUUUACUUAACUUGGAAAACACUUUUGGUAGUGAUGAAACCUUGGAAUCUACCUUCAAGAGAGCAUGCCAAUACAUGGAUUCAUUCACCAUGCAUCAAAAGUUAGUCGCCAUCUACACCAUGUCUGAAAAGUAUGACCAAGCUGAUGAAUUGUACAAGGUCAUGACCAAGAAAUUUGGAAAGAACAUUUCCACUUGGGUUCAUUAUGGAUCUUACUUAUUGGAUCGUGAUUUACAUGACCAAACUCGUGAAGUCUUAGCCAAGGCAUUACAAGUGUUACCUAAGCGAGAUCAUAUUGAAGUUGUGAGAAAGUUUGCCCAAUUGGAAUUCGUCAAGGGUGAUCCUGAACAAGGUAGAUCAUUGUUUGAAGGUUUAAUUUCAGAUGCUCCAAAGAGAAUUGAUUUAUGGAAUGUGUACAUUGAUCAAGAAAUCAAACAAGAUGAUUCCAAGGAUAAGGUUGAGGAUUUGUUUGAGAGAGUAGUAACCAAGAAAUUAUCUCGUAAACAAGCUAAAUUCUUCUUUAAGAAAUGGCUUGAAUUUGAAGAGGAUAAGGGCGAUGAAAAGAUGGUGGCUCGUGUUAAAUCCAAGGCUGCUGAAUAUGUUCAAAAUUCCAACAAGGAUUAG